AUGAAGAUGAAUACACUGUUUGAGCUGCCGAUCGGCGAGGAGGGCAAAGUCGCUGUCUCGGAGGCCAAGGACAAGGUCUACUUGAUCACAUUCUCCAGCCCACCAGAUAACAGACUUAUCACGUCCUUUUGUCAAGCUCUGCUGCUGGCCCUGAACAUCCUGGAGACCAAAUACCCGCCAGGCGUCGUGAUAACGACAUCGGGGAUUAAUAAGUUCUUCAGCAAUGGCCUCGAUCUUGAACAUGCAUCUUUCACGCCGGGGUUCUUUUCGGACAGCCUGUACGCCCUUUGGCUGCGUAUCUUAACAUAUCCAAUGCCAACCAUAGCAUUGAUCAACGGCCACGCCUUUGCUGGGGCUCUAAUGCUGGCUAUGAUGCACGAUUAUCGGAUCAUGAAUCCUCACAAAGGCUAUCUUUGCUUGAACGAAGUCGAGCUUGGUGUACCACUAAGACCACCUAUGACGAGCAUUUUCCGCCAGAAGGUCAGCCCGCAGACGUACAGGAGACUUGUGCUUGAGGCUGCGAGGUACAAGGCGCUUGAUGCUCUGAAGGAAGGCAUUGUUGAUUGGCUCGGUGGCCUCGAGGAAACCCUUGCCCACGUCGAUGAGCUGAAGCUCGUCCAGAAAGCUGGCAAAGGUGUGACUGGCAAGGCAGUCUACGGUGAGCUCAAGCGAGAGAUGUGGCGGGAGACGGUGGGCUAUCUGGAGAAUUUUGCAGCGGAAGACCAGCAAGAUUAUCUUGCCGGAACCAAGAGAUUACGAGAAAGAGCUGCAGCAGACAAGCAGGUGAGCCAGUGGGAGGCUAAGCUCAAGUCUAAGUUGUGA